UCUAAUACAUUGGAGGAUACUGAAAUGGGUGCUAGGGAGAAUGGGGAAGAAAGAAAUGACCAUUCAACUGAUGUGGAAGUGGAACGAGAUGGUAAACAAGGGAAGGAAGCUGAAUCAGACUAUGAAGCAGCUAGAGAUUCCUUUUCAUCUCAAGGCGAGGCUAACAACAAUGAAGAUACUAAAGUGAAAAGAGUCUCCAGGGUUCCGAAGAAGUUAGCAAAGAAAGAGUCAAAGCAAAAUAGUCCACGUCCGCUAAGAACUAACUCUGGUCGUCUAGUCAACACUAAGCUGCAGUAUAUAUCACCAAACAACACCCAGAACAAAUCACCGAAGUCAAACAAAGCAGCUUAUGUUGUUAAAACUAUUGAAACUCAAAGGCCAGAAACUGUGGAAGUUUCUUCUUGUCCUUCAUCUGAUGUGUCCGGGGAAACCAAUGAUAAAUCUAUUGUGGAUACAAUCACCAAUGAUAAUUCCAUAGUGGGCAGAGCUUCUGAUGAUAAGGCCGUUGAUGGUAUGGAGACUGAUGAUCAGGCCAAUGAGGGUGGAGGGACUGAUGAUAAGGCCAUUGAGCAUACAGCGGCUGAUGAGAAGAUCAUUGAGGGUACAACUACUGAUGAUAAGUCCAUUGAGGGUACAGCGUCUGAUGAUAAGGGCAUUGAUGGUGUAAAGACCGAUAAUAAGGAGGCCAUUGAAGAGGCAAAGGAGAUUGAUGUCUUGGAUGAAGCUCCAACCUGUGAUCAGAGUAGUGGGACUGAUGAUGAGAUUGCUGAUAUUGAGCAAGGUGUACUCGAUGAUGACAAGUCAGCUGCAUAUGAAAAGAAUGACGAAAAUAUUGAGGAAUUAGAAUCAAAAAUUGAAAAGCUGGAGCAAGAGCUACGUGAAGUUGCUGCCCUUGAGGUUUCUCUUUACUCUAUUGUGCCAGAGCAUGGAUGCUCAUCACAUAAGAUGCAUACACCAGCCAGGCGUCUGUCUAGGUUAUAUAUUCAUGCAUCAAAGUUUUGGUCCCCAGAGAAGAAAGCUUCUGUCGCAAAAAACUCUGUUUCUGGGCUUGUGCUCAUUGCAAAGUCUUGUGGAAAUGAUGUUCCGAGAUUGACAUUCUGGCUAUCAAACAUAGUUGUGCUAAGAGAGAUCAUUGCACAAGCCUUUGGCGUUUCAUGCCAAUCAACUCCAGUUUUGAAGGCUUUCACCGCAGAUAGUACCACAAAGGUUGACAAGAAUUCUUCGCCAGUGAGAUGGAAAAGCAACUCCAAUGGCAAGCAUGCUAGACAUACUAUCACACAAUUACCAGAUGAUUGGCAGGAAACUGCCACUGUAUUAGCCGCAUUGGAGAAGAUUGAAUCUUGGAUCUUUUCUCGGAUUGUUGAAUCUGUGUGGUGGCAGGCACUGACACCCUGUAUGCAAACUCCUGUUGAAGAUUCAUCCACUCCAAAGGCUGGGAGGUUGUUAGGGUCUGCUUCGGUUGAUCAGCAUCAAGGUGUCUUUUCUUUUAAUCUCUGGAAUACUGCAUUAUGCGAUGCCUUCAGCAGAAUAUGUCCUCUUCGAGCUAGUGGGCAUGAGUGUGGCUGCUUACCAGUACUGGCAAAACUGGUGAUGGAGCAAUGUGUAGCCCGUUUAGAUGUUGCUUUAUUUAACGCCAUCCUUCGUGAAUCAGAGAAUGAGAUACCAUCUGAUCCAAUAUCUGAUCCUAUCCUUGACUCAAGGGUUUUGCCAAUUCCCGCUGGCCACUUAAGCUUCGGGUCAGGCGCACAGCUUAAGAAUUCAAUCGGAAGCUGGUCUAGAUGGUUGACCGAUACAUUUGGCAUGGAUGGUGAUGACUCUGAAAAAGAUGGCCAAGAUGCAGGAAGAGAUGGUGAUGAAAGAAAUGGUAAAGGCGGAUUAAAUUCCUUUAAGCUGCUCAAUGAGUUGAGUGAUCUUCUUAUGCUUCCAAAGGACAUGCUUCUUGAGAACUCCAUCAGGAAAGAGGUCUGCCCUUCAAUUGGCAUUCCACUAGUAAUAAGAAUACUCUGCAACUUCACCCCUGACGAGCUCUGCCCUGAUCCUGUUCCAGUCCAUGUUCUAGAGGAGCUGAAUUCCCAGAGAUUGCUGGAGCGCUCCGUGGAGAAACAUAUGAUCAGUACAUUCCCGUGCACCGCUGCUCCUGUUGUGUACCGCGCCCCUUCGUUGAAGGAUGUAGCAGAGAAAGUGGCAGACACCAGUGGCAACGGAGAUGUGGACCGAAGGGCCUCGAUGGUCCAGAGGAGAGGGUACACCAGCGAUGACGAUCUGGAUGACCUAAGCUCUCCCCUGAUGUCCCUGUAUGAUCGGAGCUCUCCACCCUUGCCUUGUGACAGGGUUGCGCAUUUCAGUACUCGAAAAGACGGUGACAUCGCAAAUGUGAGAUAUGAGCUCCUGAGAGAAGUAUGGUCGGAGCACCGUGAUUAAUUGAUCGAGCAACCUGCAAGACCUCUUCGGUUGUUACUUUGUAGGAAGUCUUAGUAGAAAGCCGAGUGCCUGGAUUGUGAAGAACCUGCUUUGCACCUGAUGCAGAAUGAUUAAGAGGGAUGACUCGUGGCCUGUGUUGCUGGUCCCUCAGAUUUUGCCGCUGCAAUAUUCUACCCUCUGUUCUUGUAUAUUUAUUCCUCGGUGACUUGGUGAGUACAUUCAUCAGUUAGGCUUUGUUUUGUACUAGCAUAUAUAGUGUAAAUUUGGAAGCGAGAUAACAUUUACGCUUCUCCCUAUUAUGGUGAUUUCUUCUGUACUGGU